AUGAGUUACGAAGUUACAGACGAACCGGCCUUCAACAGCGAUGACCUCAUGAGCAUGGGUCAAUUCAACAUGACCCAGCCUCUCGAGGACAUGAAGCUAGACAAGAACAUGGUCUGGCUGCUAGUGUCGUUGCUCUCCUCAAUAAUUUGGAUGGUGUACAUCACGUUCUACAACUCUCGCCUGUUCGGGUGCAUCAUCACAAAGCUGGCCAAUCGGCUGUAUGUGCGUGGUGCAUAUUUCAAGAUUGGUUCACUAACCGUGAAUCCUCUAGCGGGAAAGAUAAUGUUUCGAGACGUCGUCUACGUGUGCUUUGACUAUACGGUGCGCGUGCAAGAUGGUUACUUUAUCUUCCGCUGGUGGCGUUCGUACGUUCCGAAAGAUGUAUCGGAAGAUUUGUCUCACUCGGACACUCGUUUAUCAGUGAUGCUGAAUGGCUUCGAGAUGCACAUCUACAACCGAUCUGAUCUCUAUGCGCGGUUGGAAAAAACGUUUGGUCUCAAACCCUCGGUUCUGGUACCAACAGAGGACAUGAGUGCAGACGAAAUCGCCAAAUUCAAGGAACAGGUGAUGAACGAUGAAAACGAACGGCACAAUAACGAAACGCCGGCAAAGGUAAAAAAACCUCGCCCGGAGGCGAUGACCGCAACCACGUGGCGGGACCUGAUCCCUGUGAUCAAAAUCGACAUCUGUUCCGGGCGGUUCGCCUUCGGAAAUCGGCUCACCCCAACGACGCUUUCGUUAUGUGUAGAGGAAGCGCACUGCGUAUACAGCACGAAGCCAGCCGUAUCCAAAUUGGAUCAUUUUAUGCAUUUUGUGAAGGCAAAGGUGGAGAACGCGAAGGUGCUGCUAGCUCCGAGUCCGAAGUUUACCGGCAUGGUGGACGAACCUCCGCGCUACAUGGGUGAAGGGUUCGUCGUAAUGAUGUCAAACUUGAUGGAAUUGUACUUCUACAUGGAUGAGGCGGGCAUUGUGCCUGAAGAACCCGUCACCUUGACGCUCGCCAAUGGAGACGUCGUUGAGGCGGCUCCUCCUAUAUGGGGAAUCGAUAUCAAAUGUGGCAAGGGAACGGACUUCAGCUACGGUCCUUGGGCCGACCGACAACGGGACCAUCUGUUUAAAUUUUUUUUCCCACCCGAUUUUCAACCGAUGCCGGUGACAAAACCACCAAAACCGGGUGAUCGUCGGGAAGUGCGAUCGUUCGACAUAAGUCUUUGCACGCUAAAUGAAGCCACAAUCGAUGUACUGUUUUCAAAGAACAAGGAAACUAACGCGGUCCACGUAAACAUCGGCGCCGGAUCGUAUCUGGAGGUAACGCUACCGUGGAUAAUUUUGCAGGACGGUAUAGCAACCAAAGUGACUGGACAAUUGCUACACGUCGAAGCGACUACCAGUCUGCAGUACCGCAGCUUAGCUGAGUGUGAAACAUUACAAUUUAACGUGAGAGUGCAUUACCCUAUCAAAUGGAACGAUCACCAAGAAUGGACCAUCAACCUGACCGGCAGCAAGGCUACAGCGUACAUCGUGUUUUCGCAUAAGGAAUUUUUCCAGGAUCUGGUCGAAGAUUGGGCUUCAAAGGCACGCCCGGACAUCCUUAGUUUCGUGCCGUACACGUGGAAAUUUGGUGUUAUUUUAAAGGAGUUUGAAAUCUUAACUCUCAGCAACGAAUUCAACUGGAUCGAUUGUUCCAGCACGAAUCAGGAAAAUCACCAUCUCGCUUUUUGCGGCGAUUUGUUCGAUUUGAGUUUCUCACUUCCAUUCGAUGAUUUCUUACCAGUGAAGCUGCCCAUUGUGUUUUGGAUCCAUGGUGAGGGACUGGAUUUAAGUAUGUACACGCCGGAGAUUUCCAGCAGUCGCCCGAUCUUGCUAGCACUCGAUGAAAAUGCGCGCAUUUUGACGCGCGACGGAAGUGUGAAGAAACGUUCGGAGCUUAUCAACAAAAAGUGGCGUCGCGUAUGUCAGCGUUCGGUGGGAUGGCUCGACUGCUGGACCGUGCCGAUAGUAGCGCUGUCGAUCAAGUACAUGUACCAUCCAAUGCCACCUCUUGGGCCGGAUCCGCAAGCAGACAUAACGACUCCUGAGAAGGAGGAAAUUUUGCUUAGUCCAAUGCGUAUACCCAAGAUGCGCAAAUCUCCUGCCAUCGCAUGGACGACGGUCGCUGAAGGUUCUUCAAGAUUUGAUCCUACGACGCUACCACCGGAUCAGGUGUCAGUUGAGUUGGAGAUUGGAUCCUCUGUGAUGCUAGCUUAUGGGGCCAUACUUCGAAAUUUCAUCCAUCUGAAGGAAAACAUAUUCGGUGAAGAUCAGUCCUUUACUGAUAUGGAAAAUUCAAAUAGCAAAAAUGCCUCCCGCAGUAACCCGUUGUCUGGUGGGCACGGAAAGUCUUCAAAGGACGAUCCUUCUAAAUCACUCUCAGAGACUAGCCUCAAUCCCGACGAAAAACCAAAACGGUUCGAUCCCCGGCUGUACCGUCCGCUAGAGGUGAUUGUCAGUGUCACGAUACAUGAUCUACAGGCACACGUAAUGAAGAACUGCAACGAAAAUGAUCCACCCUGCCCAAUCGUUUUGAUUGAACGGCUCGGAUUUGAGAUGAAGAAGCGUUUUUACGAAACGGAAUUACAAGUGCUCGUAAGCCCAUCAUUUUUGAUUUCAUCAGAUAACACUAUUCGCCCGGCAAAGGAUAAGCACCUGCGGCAAGGACACCUGUUGCUUUCCGCUGUGCAAGUUCGAGGGCAUGCAAUGUUUAGUAACGAAGGCCGGCAACUGGACGAAGAAACGCUCGAGUACGCAUGGCUACUGGAAGUGCAGCUGGGCAAGCUUUCGGGUAAAGUAACACUAUCGCAGCUGUGCAACGUUGUGACUGGAUUAGAAACACUCGCUUUUCUCACGAUGGAUUCGGAGAACGAAUUGAAAUCACCAAAAACGGUGCGUUAUUGCCACCACGGGGUUCCGUCUAGCACGUGUCCGCAUACAAAAGAAGACGCCAAAUAUCGGUGCCCCUCGACGGAAGACAUCAAGUAUCGAAUGACACGGGUAGGAAUCGAUGCGGUUGAUCUGUAUUUGAUCGAGAACGGAACGGCUAUGCACACGUGGAUAUCGCCUGUAAGGUUGGCCACGUGCAACUUGCAUGGGCAGCAGGUGAAAUCCGGGAUUACGGGCCUGGUUCCAACCAUACUGCUGCGUCAGUUUGUCUCUACAGGAGGCCAUUUCACGCAAUAUAGCAGUGGUAACUCCCACAGUAACACCAACACCACCGGCAGUAGCAGAUCGGCGAAGCUGCACCAUCAAAACUCAACAAAACAUGCACCUGAGGAAGGCUACCGAAAGUCUUCCGAUGAAACAGGCACAAUUUAUCGGCGAGCAGCCAUGGAUGACGGCGGGGCCAUGAUAUCGUCGACGGGUUCCGCUUCUUCUGCGGCAGUCAUGAAAUCGAGCCGGCGAGAAAAUGAACCUAUUUAUGCACAUCAUCGGAAGGAUUCCAAAGAACAUAGAGACGAUCCUUACGGCACUAUUUCGAGUAGGAAGGGUCGGGAUCGUUCUGACGAUCCUCCCGUGCACUAUCGACGCGAUAAGGAAGACCCAUACGCAUCGAUACAUUCAACACGCAACAGUGGACGUGAUAUAGAUUCCAACGAACCCUGGUUGGAGGUCGGAUGUGUUUCGCUAGGACCAAUUAUCAUCGAGGCUGCCUCAGCCCUGCCUAUACCCGAACAUUGCCUGCAUUUGGUUCAACAUAGCUAUCUGAAAGUGCAUGAUGAGAAGAACAAAAAGCUUUGGUUCCUUUGGUCGAGUAGCACGGAUCCGGUGCGCUGCGGUUGCGUCGGUGGCUGUGCUUUCUUUGGAACCAAUCGCAAUGGGCCCCGAUUUUUUAAACCAUCUGCCCAAGAUAUACAAGAAUUUAUCAAUAUUGCGCGGUAUCACAUCCAUGCAAACCCACGGGAGUAUGGUUUCGGGCAGAGCUUGCUACACGAGGGUCAGCUUGUGUUUCAUACGCCACCGUACAGUUUACAACCAGUGUCGUUGCAAGAGUGCUACGAGUACAUUGCCAAACCGAACCUUCACCGAUCGGGACAUCGUCAUCCGCCAGCACACGGUGGCGGAGUACCGUCAGCUUGCUGCGGUACUGGGCUAGCAAUGGACAGCAAAUCGCCCCAUUUACCGCAAAAGCAUGAUGUGGUACAUUCGCAAAAGGCAACAUCGGCAGAAAUUUCCCCCAACAAUACACUGAUACGAGGAGGCAGUGGCGGUGGUGGUGCUGUUACGGGAGGCACAUCCCUGGCGGGCACAGUUACGGGAGAACGAUCCGGAAAAUCGUCGUUAGAGAGAGUAAAAGAAAAAGACACAGGAUCGCCACUUGGCUCGGAUCGGGUUCGUGGAAGACGGUUCUCUUACACCAGCGGAAGGCAAAGCACUAUUCCUCAUGAUGUUCCGUACUGUCGAUUGCUAGACUCCAGUCCGAAAACCACCGCCAACAGUUCGAAAGUGUCGACACCAACGCCUGGUCGAAUGGAUGCCUCCGAAUCCCGUUUGUUUACACCGAAAAGCUUCAAGGUUUUAUAACUUCAAAAUUGUUUGCUUCGGAAUUGCGACACUCAUCUCGGUCUUUAUUUGCAGGGCGAAGUGGACAGUUCGCUCAUCACAGACGAACACCACCAACAUUUACAGCAAGGCGGAACACACCUGCAUCAUCACAACCAGCAUAAUUAUUUCCCGGGACAGCACCAUUCGCAGUAUCAUACGCAACAGCAUCAGAUGAUGCUGGAAAUGUCUCAUUCCGCUCCGUCGCCCGGACAUCCGCUGGCAUCCGAUUCGGAGCAAUCGCUGGGAGGCAUCAUCCCUUCUGGUGUAGGGAUACGGCCUAUGCCUUCGGAUGACGUUAUAAUGCGGGAUGUGCAGCGUACUGUUUCGCUUACAUCUGAAAACCCUUCAGAGGCGUUCUUUUCGGCAGACGAAGAUUUGCAUGCUUCGCGUAGCUCCAGUCUCAAGGCGGGAGGUAUUGAUCAUCAUCCCCAUCCGGUUGCGAUUCAAAAGAAACGAUUUGCAUCUGAUCUGAGCAUCGUUGGACCGAACGAGCUAGAGGGACGGCUGUCGUCACAUCGGAGCGAUUAUGAGAUCCACACACCUGAGCAUCGGAGCCUUCCAAUGCGACCGCAAUCAACAGCAGAGUUGAACGACGAGGAACGGCGCCUCCAUGGUCUAGCAACGCCGAUGCGUAAGUUUAGCAACAUUUCACCACGGCCUGAAUUCCGUCACUUUAAGCCAGUUUACGACGUCGAUCCGCAGGAUUCAUCCGAGUCGCAUUCACUCUCUUCAAGCUCGUUUAUCUCGGCGCUUUCAUCCCAGGAAGACAUCACGCUAGUCAAUUUGCACAUGCAGAUCAACCGACCGAUAGUUGAUUCUCCGCUACUAAUGGCCAGCUACGUUACACACCUUGCGCAAGUGCGCUGCUCUAACUGGUCCCAUUGCUCCAUGCCAAUGGGGGCGGAUGCGUUCUCGAUGCCGCUCUUUCAACAGAACGAAGACGGUGGCCUAGUGUACAUCGGGGGCAAGCUUAUACCGCACUUUGAUACCUUUUCCAACUGUCGCGAGGUGAAGAUCAUGUCCCGAUACGAUGGUUCCGCCACGGGAAGUGGAUCCGCUGCAGGUUUGGUCGGUGCAGGAGCAGGCGGAUUUUCCACACUGCCGAAACCGCAUCCGUGGGAUCCGAGCGUGUUGGUGCGCAGUAGCUUCGAUAAGCAGGAGAGCAAGGAAGGCGAAAACGAAUUUCUCUCCUCACAAGGCGAAAUUGCUACGCGUAAUUCGAUUGUGGUACGCUUUAAGGGACAAGUGGACGUUAUGCUGACACCGCUACUGCUAGAAGGACUGCAGAGAAUGAUCGAAUCAUUAACUCCAACUCUCUCGACACUACAUCCGCUGACGGUGGUUAAUGACAUCCAUGCAUCGUGCGUGCGUAAAGUUGAAGCCGUAAAUAUCCUGAAACGUGAUCAGUCGCUAAGCUACUGGUCUCAGGUCCACUCCAAUUCAAAACGGUCGACAGCUGAGCGCAAUCUACAGGGUCCCGGUGGGCCAGUUCUAACCGACGUAUACGAGGAAAGUAUAUCAACCCAGGUGCAGGGUUUGAUCGUACUGCCAAAGAUCAACGUAACGCUGAUUCAAAGCUCGGUGGUCGAAGAAGUGAUCUCAUUUGCGGCGUUGGAUAACGUGCAGGAGCUAAGCUGUGCGUCACUACUCGCAGUGUGCUUCGAGGGGGUUUCGACCCGGUUUCAUCUGGGAAAAACGACGAAAGCAUCCAUGCACACAGUCUACACGCAGCCAACCGUACGGUCCGGUGGGCUUAAGAAGAGUGGUCUUAUACGAGGAACCAGGGCUUUAUUAGCCCAUCUCUCAUCACAAACCCGCCCCGACAACGUGCCCGGUGAGCCGAUUCUGCUGGAAACGUCGGAGAAACAAUUGGAAGAGUUGAUAAUUACGUUCGACAUUGGUAAGGUGCACACUCAGCUUCGCCGUUUGAAGAAUGAAGCUGCCAAUUUGCCGGACUCGCAGAUAGUAAUCACAGCCAUACCGGCUCAUCGUAGCCGAGCAAUGUUUGAUUGUACCCGAAUCCCGGAGGAAUCAUCAACUGUGUCCCUAGAGAGCAACAGUUCCUUCGGUGGGUUGGGUUACAUCAUGUUUGAAGGUGGAUUAGAAGGUGUUAGUGUUAAGAUUGUUAAACGAUCUCAGUUUGAAAAAUCGGAAAAUGCUGAAGAGGCUCUUAAACCCGAACCGGAAACAAUUCCUCCCGCGACGGCGAAUUCGGAUGCAAAUCAAAACAGCAUCACGCUCAAUAAUCCGCUCAAUCUAGUGACACUGUUAAACGAGGCCGGCGGAAAUAUGGCCGCCGAAGCGUUGGCAAAGUUUGGCAUGAAGAAACCGGGCACACCAAAAUCGGCUGGUGCUGGUACGAAGGAUCGUUCGUCACUGUUCGAUAUUAAAUCGAAAGAUAAAGUGAUCACGACUACCACAACGACUACGACCACCAUCAUCGGUGAUGGUGGAAAAUCUUUCAAAUCGAAUAUCGUACCGGAUGAAGUAGACCAGUCUGCGAUAAGAGGAUCGCUAAUUAGUGAUUCUCCAUUAGCCACUGGAAUCCCGCAACCGCAAGCCCCAUCGGGUGCAGGUGUAUCAACGCAUGGAGCGCCAGGACUAGGCGUCGGAUCGGGUGUCGGAAAUUAUAAUACGGGCUCGAAUCACACCGCCACAAACCCGAAUGCUCCUGGUUCCAGCGCAGAGCCAUCGUCCACAUCAAGGACCGGCGGCACAGUAGCCCCAUGCAGUAACGACAAUGGAAAAACAUCCUCGUGCGUAAUCGAUUUCAAAACGGUAUGGUUUAACUUUGCUGCUCCGCCGAGGACACCAAUCACGCGCAAGAUCGACUACACGCGUUUGGACUGGAAUCUGCUCAGCACAGCCUCCCCAGCCAUCACGGCAUGGAUGAAUCCGAGCAAUCGAUUCGCUAUCAAAAUUGUCGCGCUCAUGAAAGCGAUGUACAUACGCCGGACUGCUGUCACAGUGGCACUAAUGGCUGAUGCCUGGGAAGGACCUGCACUGCAUCGGCCAACAAAGAGUCGGUACGGUGGCAAGUUUACACCACUAGCUAAAACGUUGCAGGAAGAUCCUAGCUGCCAAUUGUGUACGGUACUGCAGAAGUAUGUGGUUGAGGAAACCGCCCCCAAAAUUGAACACAUUCUCAAGCAGCAGUAUCUUCCGCAAUUGAGCACCAUGCGACAGGCUGUCAUUGUUCUGAGUCGACAGUGGAAAAAUGUGCUGUACAAUCCGAUGUUGUUCGAGCAUCAGUACAAAGGAAAGCUGGCGAAACCAGUCAACGUAACGUUUGCUUUGCCACAGGAUGAGGACGCCGACGAUACGGAUGACAUCGAUACGGAUAACUAUCCGGUUGGAAUGCGCGAAAACCAUCCACUGCUCGGUGAGGAAAAUGAACACACCAUGCUGCUUGGGCAGUGCAUACAAACGCAACCGCACCGGCAACAAUCAGCCGCAUCGGCAACGUCAACGGCUGCCACCCAACAUACAGCAGGGGCCCAUCAGAACCAUCAUCAGGCGCAGCAUGUAAUCAAAAUACCCGACGAACCGCCUGUUCCGUCUGCGGUAGCGGCACACAUGGCCGCUGCAAAGCUGGGCGAUUCCCUUAAUACCUCUCCCAGUACCACUAACAACUCGCACAACAAGGUGCGGAAGAAAUCGUCCGUAAAAAGUUUCAUUCCACCGGCAGCGCCACCAUCACGUGCUAGCAUACAGAUGUUCCCGAUCAUCUUUGACAAGCAGGAUCCCGUCGGGGUAGAGUAUGGUGCGCUGCGCGAGGGCUCUGCACCGUCCGUAUGCAGUUCGUCCGAUUCAAUGGACAAACCGUGGACUCCGCCCGCGAACCACAAGGAGGAUCUGUACUCGUGGAUGGCGAAACAGCAAAGUGAAAGUUCCAAGCACCGGGAAAAGGACAAAAACACUCAAAACAGUCGCCCUGCAUCGCAGAACCGUCCUGCCAUCCAUUCGGUGAAGUACAUGCAGGAUAAUAAUAGGAUCCUUGAUGCACAUCUUAUAUUCGAGCCGAUGCUCACCUGCCUCGGAGUCAUGCCACAGCAGAUGAUAAAUAAUGUCUCCAGCAAGGACGUCUCGUCGCUAGAAAGCUUAGGAACAAACCUUUCACUGGUGUGUUCGUUCGAUACGAUCCGUAUCGAUAUCGUCGUCAGUGAGGCGGGUGAUGGUAAAAAGCCCCCCAAGCAGAAGGACCCCAAAAAACGUGGCAACGGGAAAUUCACAAUCAUAAUGCCGGGCGAGCAGCCAGCGUUCCUGUGCGAGCAGGUCGGUGUCGAGUUGGAGGUAUUGAAAAUGACUGAUGGCUUUCCUGACGAAACGAAGCCUGCAAUGUUGUACGUGUCACGAGGCCAGCUGAAAAAGCACACCAGUACGGUGAUCAACUUCAGCCUGAAUGUCCGGUACAUCUCCCAGCAAGUCAAUAUGCCGUUGUUACGGCUACUCCACCAGAUCACAAACAUGUAUCAGAACGUAAAAGAUGCCCAGAACGAACUUCGCGAUCAUCCGGAGCACGGCGGUAAGCGAAGCGCACCUCUGAAGGACGAGUCCAGUCUAGCGUCGGAAAUCAAUGAUCCCACGCUGAUGGGAUCGAUCAAUGAACCGUUGAUGGCACAUAUCGAAACAUCGGGCAUUUUCGAUUACACCGAUGAGCGUUACGAUAAAUUCAACGAGGACAUCUCGACUAUGCGCCACGAAUUGCGCCACUCGAUAAGCCGCAGCAAAAUGCCGACACUUGGACCGCUGAUUCCAUUAACACCAUCUCCAAAUUCCCGCAACCGUCCGCAUAGCUUCGCUCAAAAGCUGCGCAGCACUAGUAAAACAGUAAAGGGCAAACUAGGUUACACGAAUCUGAACGAAUCGAUCAAUACCCCGAUCAAGAUUAGUCCUACGACUGCCGGACUUGCCUUCGCGGAUGCCGUAUCGAAACAAUCGCUUGAAGCUAAAAAUUCAGGAGGAUUAUCUAGCACAUUUGGAGAAUUCACCGCACCGUUUGAUCGGUCCACUUUUACUGGGCCAAUUCAUAGUAUGCUGGACACACCAAAGUGCUGGAAAACGGUAUAUCACCUGCUCGAUCUCUAUUCAGCUAUGCCGGAAACGAAAACGAUAGCCCAUCGAGUAUCAAUUUCGCCCGAUGCAGUUGAGCAGAUCAAGGCCAGAAAAUAUAAUUUACUUCACGAAAGCAAAAACCUUCGUGAUGAAGAUGACCUUGGUGGUACGGCGAAUGGCACUGGUGCCAUUAAGGACUUAGGUAUCGUAACGCAAGAGCGCACCCGGUUGGUGGUUUUCGGAGUUGCAAAGAUUCAUCGAACCAGACUGCUGGCCACAUUAAGUGGUUUAAAAUUGGAGGCGGAAAUAACCGCUUUGCAUAGCAGUACGACAUGGCGCAAAAAGUCACGUCCUGCUUCUCUAGAAUGUUCGCUGACGGGACAAGUGGGACGGGCAAUGAUUGUAUUGCUGGAAGGAGUACAGCCCAAUCAACAAACCGUUGUAAAGGUGUCGAUCGGCAAAAGUCAGACGCUCUACUCGAGCAUAACCCGUCGCGGAAAGGACAAGAACAACGGGCUUCUUUCCAUCGGCAUUGUGAACGUGGACAUUCCACAACAUCCGGUCGCGCUUCACGGAAUGAUGACAAGAAGCUCUAAGCAGAUCUCCUCGACACUCCAAGAGCUUAGAGUAACGCGAACCUCAGCCCGCUUGACACGCCAGAAUGAGGAACCAGAAUCACCUUUGCACCAUCAGCGUGAUUCGCGCGACAAGGCGCCUCCAUCUGCUUCGACCAGUCAUCGAAAGCAUAGCACAGCUACCGUACGAACAAUGACUGGCACAACAACCGCGGUCGGAAGUAAUCCGAGUGGUCUUCUUCAGCCUUUGGUGAUGCAGUUUAACAUCAUUCUACAGAGCUUGUCCAUUAGCGCCGCGCUGUUACCAUCGUUGCAGGCUCAAUAUAAGAUGGAUCACGUAACAUCGACCGGUGUUACGGGCAGCAAGGCAAAGUUUACCAUCGAUCUGCCUAAUCAUUCGCUCAGCUUCACCACCAAAAUUCAGACUACUGAAACCAAUCUGCCGUCGGAAGCUUGUAUUGCUCUGCCGCCGGUGCACGUUAGCGCAGAGUACGUACCCGAAAGUACCAGCGAGGAGGUCCCGAUCGACGGUGUUGUACUGCGGCAGGGUGGAUACCUUUCCGCGUCCGCCGAGAUCGGAGUCUUUGAACGCUGCCUCACGACAGAUCUGCUGAAUCAUCUCGUGUUCGUGCAGAAGGUGUUCAUGAAAGAGGUGAACGAAGUAGUGCAGAAGGUUUACGGUGGAGAGAAACCCGUGCCACUUUGGCUAGAGGAAUCAGAGGACAAUGGAUCGACGAUCAAGCGUAUCCUGUUUUCGCUAAACAUUCGCGUCAAGCGCAUACAGCUGACCGCCACCACACCGUGUUCGUCGGCGGUACGCUUUGAAACGGGCCAGCUCGAGCUGCAUCUGUCGAAUCGGGUGAAAAAUAUUGCGGACGCUUCGAACACAAAGUUGUUCGGCAAAGCACAGAUCGAUCUGAACCUUUCGCUUGGUCAGAUUAUCAAAAACAUCAUCUUUGACGAAGCAGAACCGGAAUUUCAACAGCACGCCUUUUUCAAUACCACAAUUGGGUUGAGGAACGCGUUUCAAAACGAGAUGCUCAACGAUGACAAGGAGCUGGUGUUAAUCACAUUGAAGCGUCCGCUCAUAUACGUCCAACCAAUAGCCGUCGAUAAGGCAAUUUUAGUUUGGUUAAACUACAAAAACGCAUACGAGUAUUGGACGGAGAAACGGGCCAACCUCAACAAGGAGGUGUUGAUGGCAACACAACAGGUGCUGGAAAAAGUUCCCUUCGGUCAGAUAAGCCAUCACCUGGCGACAUCCGCAAACUUAUCGACACUGUUCCUGCAGCUUACGGUGGAAGACAUGGGCAUUUGCCUACCGCUGAACCAAGCUCCACAAAUCUGGGGCAACCGCUCAGUACAAGACUUUGAGCAAAAAGGAGCCGUGGUAAUUACGCUCGAAAACACGAUCAUUUCCGCGUGUAGCUCUGGAUCGCUUGUUUCGAAAGGACGCUUUGCCGGGCUAUGCCUGCGAUUUGCAGACGACUUUGACUCAUCGCUCGAUGAGUGGAAACCAAACAUGAGCGAUGCCAGCAUCAUGAACUUGUGCGUCGUGUCCGAGGGAACGUACGAAGUGUGCUCGCGCACAAUCGCUGCCAAGCAUCCGGAUAAUGCCAAAUGGAUCCUGAAUGUAAAAUGGCAAAUGGAAGGCGUCGAUAUACAUCUGGAUGUAAACAUUGGCAAGCAACUGUCCGCCCUCGGGCAUACGCUGACCAUGUUGACGGGAUCGGAGGAUGACGAACCGAUAUCCUCCGACACACCGGACAGCGACGAUAUUGAUGCAGGCGGUCAGCAGGCGGGUAAGGAUUCCAAAUCACGCAAAUCGGUCGAUUCGCUUCCAUCGUUCCUGUUCGAUACCACGCUGGAUCCAAAGAAGCGUUCACUGUUAAUGGAGAAUGAGAUUAAUGAGCAAACGAAAAUAGUCAACGACUUCCGUACGCUUGGUGCCUCUGUGAAAACGAUCGAAAAUGAAGAACGACGUCUACAGGAACUGCAAGCUGUGUAUUACAAAUAUUUCAGACGAGAUAUGAUACAGAAAUGGAAACGUCCAGCUAUGCGUAAGCCAAUGCUCAAGGCAGCCAAUCGUUCUCGCUCCUUCGUCGCUCCAUCGCCCACCAGAGAGGACAUGAUUGAUGCUGGUGGUAGCGAUGGCAUUAGCGAGCAAACCGGUGUCAGUACCGGCGGAGGAACCAGCAGUGUUAUGGACGCUUUUACGGGCAGUGAAGAUAUGAGCAGCUUGCAAGAAUCUCCCAACUCAGGACCGUCGCGCACGGCAUCGCUAAGGGUAAAGAUUCCUCCGAAUUCUUCCCGUGUGACGUUCAGCGAAACAAUGCGCCAGUCGUCGCUACCCAGCGCCGAUUCGGACGUUGCUGCCUAUUCCGAUUCGGGGCUGGAAUGGCCACGCUAUGAUUCGAGCUCUGUCACUUCAGACGUGCCACACCUGUUGGAAAUUGACGGUGAGCAGGUUGAGCUACGCAAGAAAAGUCCCAGCCAUCCGCAGAAGCAGCAAGAACCGAACAUUGACUUCGAACUGGACAUCAAAGUACUGGUUAAUUCCGGCAAAUGUGUUCUUCACACCAAAGACUUGCACGACGAGCGGCUCUCGUCAACUAUGGGCGCCAAUACGAACAAUAGUAACACGAAUAACAAUGCUACGAUGGCGGGCAAGCACCACAAACGAGAGCGCAGUACCGGUGGUGCAACGGAUUGGGGUAGCCCGAUUCCACCCCGUCGGAACAAGGAUAAAUCACGGUUUAAGUACAACAACACACCGUACACGGCUCUGGUUGAUUUAACUAUUUUCCAUAUUCCUGGACUGGACGUGAAGCUUCAAUAUCAAUCUAAGACCGUUGGUGGAGACGAUGCUUCCCCGCGGUUAAGUACCGCCGAUCCGUUCGGGAUGUCGCGCAAACUAACUUCUAAACGAGCCACCCUGUUUGCCUGGAUGACGUUGCAAAGCAUCCCCGAGGAGACCAUCAUAUCUCCGCAUAUCCUAGAGUUCCUUGAGCAAACCCUCGAACCGAUCCCUUCAUCGAAGGCGGCAAGUGGCGUGGGAGGAACCAGCAAUACCGGUACCAGUGCAGGUGGCGUAGGUGGCGGAGGCGUUUCAGCAGCAAGUGGGCCAGCAUCGAAUCCAGUAAAUCUACAAAUGUUGGAGCAUAAUUAUGCAGCGGUUUAUGCGAGCUUCCCCGUUGAUGUCGUGGUGUACUUUCACAUGCAACCGUCCACCUUCCGCUUUUCUUGUCUUCCCGUAUCCCGUGUCGAGUGUAUGUUGCAGCUACCGAGCUUGGAUAUUAUUUUCAGCUCGAAUCGACACGAUGACGAUGUGACCAUUCCUAGCGGUUCUACCUCUCUAGCUGGCGGAGAAUCGACGAUGGUAUCGGGUGGAGAUGGAAAAGCAACCGGUGGACUAAGCGUGACAGGAUGCUUGGCUGAUUUCAACGUGUAUAUUUUCCAUCCAUACGGUGGGAAGAAAAGUAACUUGAAGGAGGCACAUCAGUUCUCGCCACUGGCUGACAGUGAGCGCAAAGAUUCACUCAGCAUCAACGUAGAGUUUGUGAAGUUCCACAUCACGCGUUCGAAGAAAGUUAAUAUCAUCGAAACGGGCAUGAUAUCGCGGAAGCACUCAGACCAAAGCUCGAAGGCAACCAUUCGAUUUUCGACAAUCGUCGACAUCGGCUCAGCCUCGUUUAAAUACGACAUGCGGCGACUAACGGAGAUUCUAGCCUUCCCGAAGGCUUGGUAUCGACGUAGCAUCGUGCGGCGAAUGUUCCUCGGUGACCUAGGCAUGCAGCAAACAAGUAUGUGCGAUCUAGAGAUACCAACCAUUCCUGAGGGAGCUGUGGAUGGCAGCGUGACGUCGAGGACCAGCGAGCGAGACGUUACCGGAGAUACGGACAGCCGACAAAGCGCCCGUGGAGAAAUGAUGAAUCGCGAACGUUUGCGAUUGAGCCUCGAAAAUCUUGGAAUGGGAACGGCAGGCGGUAGCGGUGCAAGCAGCGCUUCCUCGACGGCAAGGAUAAAGGACCAAAAAUCGUCCAGCCUCGAUUCGACGUCGUCACCAUCGGACGUGAAUCAGGUGACGUCCUGGGAAACGCUGGUUCUGUUCGCCAUAAACUUCACGAAGCUAAACGUUCAAAUGAACAUGGGCAACGUGAUGGGUAACAUCGUGUGGCUCACCAAGGCUUUCCGUAGCGACGGUCGCCUGAGCAUCGGCAGCACAGGUCACAAAAACAUGUACAUCGGUGUUGGGCUCGGAGGAUCUUCUCUGGAUGCGAAGGGUGGCAUCGUGGGAGGAACGAUCGAUCUAAACCGGAUCGAUACGUACAUUCAUAUCCGCGAAGAUCCUGGCUCCGAGCCGGACCACAAGGUGGGCAUUAAGCUGAUGGCACUGGAGCUAAAGUUCGAUUACAUGGGCACGAGCGUACUGAUGACACGCGUGAGCUCGUUGAACGCACAGUUGCGUGAUGAGUGGAAGUUUUCCAAGGAUCACGAUUUCAGCAACAAGCUGCCCACGAACUAUCCGGCCAUUAUCCUCAUCCAUGGUGAUCUUUCCUGGGACCAACUGCAGAUGAUGAUUUCGAAAUCAACCACGGCAGAUAUACUGAAGAUGUUUUACAAACUGGAGGAAUUCUUCUCGCAACAGUUCAAGUCUUCGAAGCGUGUGUUUUCCAGCCUUGAGCCGAGACUUGCCAACCCAUCGUUGCGGGCAAGCGUGCGAAGGCGCGAAGAGAAGAAAUCCCUCGGAGCUGAGGCAUUAAUUCAUGACGCGCGACAUCACCGCCAUUGGCAGAGACCGCUGAAACAAACCAAGGGAUUGUGGCUUUCGACACUCGGCGUGCCGCUUUCGAACAUUGGAACCGUUCUCGGUGGCACGAUGGAGCUUCAUGGUAAAAACAUAUCGCUUGCCUGUUUCCACGGCAUCAACUUUAAAGCGAAAUCGUGGGCCCUGUUCAGCCUGAAGGAACCGUGCAUCGAUUUUGCCACCGAGGCUCAACACGUCGAAUCAACCGAAGAGGUGCACGUCAUACAAACGCUCACGUUCGGUCUCGGCAUGAACAGUCAGCAACCACUGCAGCACCACUCAAAUGCGACCGUCGUGCGGAUGUCACGGAACGUCAUUUUUCCGCCCCAAUUCAAAACGCUGCACGAGUGGUUCCACUACGCGUUCGCCAACAGUGAAAUCGAUGCAGUCGAUCGUUUCCCGGUGAUCGAACGAGACAAGGAACAUAACACAAAUUCGAUCGAGAGGGCUCGCGGAUCCGGAUCAGGCUCGGCGGCUCAUCAGAAACUGCAAGAUCCGAAUCACAAUCGGGAGGUGAUUUUUGCCUUGCCGAGUCUGCAGUUGCACUUCAAGACGGAACACUUGCAAGGCAUUUCGACGCCCGAUACGACGCAAGACAAACCGAUGGUGGAGUGCAGCUUUAUCACCGAGUUCGAGGAUCACAUUUUUGUGACGGUGGAUGCUGAUGCCUUUUUCUUCCUACAUGAUCUCAUUACUUCUUAUCUAAGUGAAAAAGAAAAAGUGCUUGGCACGAUUACCAAUAACCGUUCUUCGUCACCGAAUCCUACGACGGUUACACCACCUCCAGCCUCCUCGAACACUCCAGCCAGCUUGUCAGUGUUGAAAUCAGCCCACGUGCUAAAAUCCAGCACAUCUAACCUGAUGGCUGCAGCGGCCCCUUCCAUGUCGUCACUUGGGACACAAGAUUCAACCUCUAGUCAAUCCAUUGCCAAUGGCGGUAGUUCGGUAGAUUUGAAUGAACCGGCCAGUUCUACGUCGACAUCUGGUCCGACGUCGACGUUGCCCGCUUCGAAGGUGCUACCAAGGCCCGUGGAGGAAGUAAAGAAAGCAAGCGGAGGAAUCUCCUUUUCUAGUCCGCCAUCGAACACCAGCACUGGAAGUGUAGGAGGAGGAGGGUCAGGUGGCAAACAUGUCAACAUUGUGGUGGAGAAAUCGGACCUCGAAUCGUUCAUGCGCACCGAUUGGAGGCACUUCAACUGCAAAACGUGGCACCUGGAGCCGACUGUACGACUGCUCUCGUGGGCUGGUAAAUCGAUCGAACCGUACGGGAUAGAUUACAUACUGAACAAGCUUGGCUUCAGCCACGCUCGAACUACUAUUCCGAAGUGGCUGCAACGCGGAUUUAUGGAUCCGCUGGAUAAGGUAGAAGCGCUGCUGAUGCUGCAGCUUCUCGUAAUGGUAAAGGAUAACGGUACAUCGGACGAGAAGGAUUCUAGCAAAGACAAGUGAGAUGCAUGGUGAAGGGUUAAAAAGGGGCUAAAUAACUAAAGGAUAAAUUUUGUGCCGUACAAUCUGAACUGACUGUUGUUGCUUGCGAACGCCACAUAAUUCGGCGUGGCGCAUCGGCUCCGGGUUUGAAAGCAUUUAAAUGUUCCAAAUAGGGAAAUAUAUCGAACAUGUUUCGUUCGCAGACCGGUUCCGUCGCUCUGUUGCACGGCCACGACUCGCUUGUCGUGUUUAGCCUCACGGCUGCUCAAUUACAUUAUUCCUUUUCCUCUUUUCGGUGGGUACAUAUACAACCGUAACCGCAAUCUAGUCCAAUAAUAUAAAAAGAUUCAGUAACAGAAAGCGUGAUUGAAGAACAAACCUUAUCGGGACGCGCGUUCGUGGCGCUUAGCUACAGGACCGCAAAUGACUAAAGACAGAUAUUGCAAGCAUAUUAGCAAAUUACAUUUCACUUCAAGUAAUACUCCCUCUCAGAGGAAGACCCAUUUCCCGACUGCUUCUCUAUCCCUUCCGAUUGAGAGAAAAAUAUUAUAAGCAU